CCCGGACAAGCCGUGAGCCGGAAGGCGAGGCAGAGCGCUGCCAUGAUGGUUGAACUUAGGUGGGAUGAGUGGCCGGACUCUCGGCGACCGGAAGAGUGAGGCGGGGAGGUAUGGGUUGGGCGCUGCCAUGUCAACCUGAUACCGGAAAAGGCGGGUCUCUUCUCCCUGACUGAUCGGCGGCUGAACUCGCCUGGAGAUGCAGGCAGCCCUGGAAGUCACUGCUCGAUACUGCAGCCGGGAGCUGGAUCAGUAUGGCCAAUGUGUGGCAGCCAAGCCUGAAUCUUGGCACCGGGAUUGUCACCACCUUAAGAUGAGCAUUGCCCGCUGCACAUCCUCCCACCCCAUCAUCCGCCAGAUCCGCCAGGCCUGCGCUGAACCUUUUGAAGCUUUUGAGGAGUGUCUUCGCUUGAAUGAGGCAGCGGUUGGCAACUGUGCCGAACACAUGCGCCGCUUCCUGCAGUGUGCUGAGCAGGUGCAGCCGCCAAGUUCACCCACAACUGGAGAGACACAGCCACUUCCUGCCUCCUGAAGACCCCCUUGGACUUGGAGAAAACUGGACAUGACUAGCCCACUUGAUGUUCUCAUCUAGAAGAGUGACCAUUUUGGAGUCUUGAGGGCUCUGGUGUGGGUCUGGCUUCCCUGGACUUCAGGACUCUAAAUAAAUAAAGACUGAGUACUGGGCUUUGGUUCAGCCUAUGACAUUGAAGGAGGCACUAGGAGAGCUGGAGGAGAGCUUGGUCAGCCCCACCAGCUUUACUUGGUCUGUCAAGUAAGAGCUCAGGAGGAGCCAAGGUGCUCCUGAUCUGGGCUUAGCCUUAAGAGGACUCAGACAGCCAUUCCCUGUCCCCUCCUGUCCCUCCUGUCCCCUCCUGUCUGUACGCUGGGGAAGGACUUUCCUAUCACACUCACCAGAUGGCUUUUUGGUUUUUGUUUUUUGAGUCUAGGCAAUCCUGAAGCUCAGUACCAAACUGGAUUCAGACUCAGAAAAUCUCCCUGAGUGCCAGGGUUACAGCUGUGAACCACCAUGCCCGCCUUCUUCCCCACGCCCUCACUCAUGCCAGUCAGAUGUGCCCUGAGCCUGCGUUCACUCCAACUCUCUAUGGUUUUCUUGAGGCUUGUGAGGGGAGCAGUAAAAAGCUCAUCUUUAAUAGCAGCACAUCUUUUCCACUGCUGAAUCAGAACUGGUUGAGAAGUAGACACGGGCCUUGGGCAGUGGUUGUAAAAACUCUGGCCUUAGUAUUGAAAACAACUAGAAGCCGGGUCUCAGAAUGGGGCACAGAUUCUCAGUCUGAAUCCAGAAAUAGUGAGGAGGAGUGGGAACGGGAGACAAGAAGGCAGCCAGUCCAAAGUAUUAUCAGGGUGGCAAGAUGGGUCAGUGGGUAAGGGUGCUUGCCACGUGAGGGCCUGAGUUUGACCCCAGGACCCACAUGUUGGAAGGGUAGAGCUAACUCAUACAAGCAGUUCUGUUUAUAUUAACAGAGCUUCUGUUUCUUCUGACCUCCACAAGUAUGCCAUGACAUCCCCUGCUUCCCACCCCAGUAAAGCAAACGAAUAAAACGUAAUUUUAAAAAGUGCAUUAUCAAGCUGGUUACCAUCUUGAGAAAUGAGACUUCUGAGAACGGCAUAGGACUUAGCUACUGUGUCUGGAAAAUCAGUGUAUUUAGCUCCCUGUCUGUCAAAGAGGGCCACUGUCACAGCGGUGACCCUCUGGCACCUCUUUCCAUGUGACUCAGCAAGCUCCUCCUCAGGAGAGGAUGGCACAGAGUAAUGGGAUCCAGUAAGAAGCCUUCGUCAGAGAUCUGAGUUAGUGCUACCUUCUGGAGUUCGCAGGCACAGCACAGGGGUUUGGUUGUCCACUGACUCUCCAGUGUGCUUGGUCAGGUCAUGAAGAAACAGUCCAGCAUCCAGCGGUAAGAAAGCCCAGGGGUGGCACUCUGAUAAAACCUUAACUACCCUAAAUUUAAUUGCUAAGGGGCAGAGGCCAGAAGGUAAGUGAGAGUGGCUAGAUCAGUAACCAGGUAUAAGAUGAAAGGAAAGGGCUGUUUUAUGUUGACAAAAGGAUAGUAAAAUCUUAAAUUGUAUCGUGCAGACCACUAGGGUUGUUAUUUAUGUAUGGACUUUCUAGAUUGUUAAUACCAGCCAAUCUAAAUACGUUAUUUAUUUUGAGACAGGGUCUUGUAUGCCAGACUGGCCUUGAAUUUGCUAUGUAACCAAGGAAGCCUUUGAACUUAUGUUCCUCCUGUCUCUACCUCCCAAGGGUAGAGAGUGUGUCCCCAAGCCCAGUUUAUUUGGUACUGAGGAUGCAGCCCAAAGCUUUGUGCACAGUAAGCAAACACCCUGCCAAUUGGUUAUCCCCAGACCAGUAACAAUACUCCUAUGGGCUGUCCUCACAGCCCAAGGCUUUUUGCAUUAUCCCAUCCUGAAAAUUAUAUGAACAAGAGGGGCUAUGUUGCUCUCCUUCCCCAGUGCUAUUGAAAAGGCACAGAAAUACAACCCAAAACAAUAGGUUUCGCUCUGGUCCCGCAGGCUCUUUUGAACUGCUGUCUGGCCCACUGCUGGCCACGGUGAUAGCUCGUCUUUGGACCUGGACCUUUGCUUUUCUGGCUAGUGUUUGUAAUGGCUCAGUAAACCCCUUAUUUCAGAGAGCUCUAGAUCUCUAGAAUUUUUGGUUCAACAGUGCCCAUGACCUCCAUGCAGACUAACCAUUGAGUCAAAUCUCUUCUCCCUUGAAGCGACUCCAGAAGGAGUCAGCCACUUGAAUCCCAAGAUUAGUAUUAUGGCUUAGAAAACUGAACCGACCCAUUGGGAGUUCCCUCUCAAUGUUUGCCUCCAAAACAAAAGAAAUUUGUUGGCCUAGGAGUCAAGGUGGAAGUCCUAACUUGUCAAGACUGGAGGAGCUACCAGGCGUGGGUUGCAGGACUCGGGGGAACAGGUGUUGAGGAGAGGGUGAAAAUCGCUUCUUGUAGGCCUGAAAGUGCUGCCUUGGUUCUGGUGGCCUUCUGCUCCCAGCUCGUUUUUCCUGGGCUUUGGCUUAAACCCUCAGACUUUGAAGGGUGUUUCCAGCCAGCUAGUUUUGUUCAAAUGAGGUUCUGUCUCAUUCUCCCAAGAGUGUGAUGAGAACAGACAAAAUGGAGGUCCAGACUACAUUUUAGAACAUUUUUAAUGGCCUCUUUUCUGGACUAAAGGGUCCAACAGAGUGAAAUGGGAAACCUUAAAGGCAUCAUGCUGCUACCUUCUAUUGGCCCAAGCAUUCUUGAGGUCUCACACAUUACAAGAAUGGAGACUUCACUUCCCAGUGAUAUUUGGCUGCAAUGAAUCUGUGCCUGUGUGAGCUAACAACAACUUUAUGGUGUUUUAUUUCUCUAGCUGUGUCUGGUUUGGUAAUUGUAUUUUUCUGGGAAUUUGUCACAUUGUCUAUGAUUGGGGCUAUACUAAUCUGUUCACAAUAUCCAUGUUAUCCUAAGGACUGUAGCAGCUGUAAUACCGCCUCUCUCGCUUCAGACUCUGUACUUGGACCUGUUCCUUCUUUCUUUAUCAAUAUGGACAAGGGUAUGUCAAGUUCAUAAACCUUUUUCUAUAAUUUA